AUGCAAAUGGAAUCAUGGCGACAACGAGGAUAUGUCCCUGACUCGGACGAGGAAGAUGGCUUCGAUUCUUUAGAUACGAAGAAUGGCAAUGCCGAAAAUAGUCCCGUGGUCGAAAAUAUCGAAUAUAUCGACAACCCUUCAUCGUCACCGAAGGAAGGGGCGACGAGUGUGACGAAGGAACAACGCGAGCACGUUCGGGUUGAGAAUGGCUCUAUCACACUCUCAGAUACAGAGGAGGUCGCUCGUCGGCACACGAAUCGAGCAAGUCCCCACCUCAUAAAUGCUGCGCAUGACGAAAAUACACCAAACCCAAGAAGAGCGCGCAAGACUUACGGACUUCGAUCAUCGGCAACGAAAUCAACGAAUUACCGUAACAGCGAGCUGCACAUUACCAAUGCAUCCGUGAAUAAUACAGCCAGCAUAUACGACUUCCCAACGUCAUCACAGGAACAUGACAGGCCUCAAUCGAAGCCCUCGAGCCGCGAGUCUACCCCGAAACCCUUGAAGCCCACACGGCCGUCCCAAUCGCAAGAUGAAACCCCAAGCACUCGGAGCUCCUCGCCUGACGAGCUGGCGUUGACCCCUCAGCCAACUCGGAAGAAAAACACCGCGGCCAAGCGUGUCCAACCAAUAGAGGCGCCACCACUACCACCACCACUACCACCACAGGAGGCUUCGGAAGAUGACUCUCCAUUAUCUUCUCUACCAUCAUCCUUUGGCUCUCCGCCGGCCAAAGAUUCCACAGAGAUACACGCAGAUGGUAUGAUGGAGGUAGAAGCAGAAACGCCGAUAAAUAAGGAGGCAGAUCUACCGCAAGCAGUGCUCGUUGAACUAGAUGCCAACCCCGAUGAUGUCUUACCUCACCUUGAUAUCCCCGAUGAAGUAUUGCGAGAAUUACCGCAUGCCGCGCAAAGAACAUUUCGAAAGCGCAAUGCCAUCCAAAUGCACCCAUAUCAUCUGGAACAGCUCAAAUUUGCGCAGCAACUACAGGCGCGGGGCGUCAAGCCUUUUGGCCGACCGCCACAAGAAAGACAGCAGGUUACCGAUGAAAGUCAAGGGCAAGAUUCAUAUGAUCCCGAUGCACCUCCAUCAAGUCCUCCCUUGGAAGAGUAUCUUCCGCCGAUAAGACAUGAACGGCAUCGUGGCCCACAAUCUGCCACGCAAGGACGGGAACACCACGACUCAGAGCAUACUCGGUCAUCGCAAGCUCGUCUGGCAAAGCGCCAGAAGACAUCUCAUUCCGGGACUCCCAAAGAACGUCAUAAUCUACAUAAACCGUCUAAACCUCGUGGUGUUAGGGACAGAAAUACACCUACUAAAAAUCAAAACGGUGUCUCCAUCUAUGACUUGUCGUCUAGUCCCCCCCACGCAAGCCGUUUAUCGUCUACCUCAAGAACCCCUCGUGCCUCAGAAGGAGGGUUUCGGUUCCCUCGUGGGUGGUCGCCACCGGGAGAAAUUGCAAAGUCCGGGGCACAGGAAAUACAAGAAGCUGGCCAGGUUCAAUCAGCUGGUGCGGGUACAGAUGACGAGGAGGAAGUACAGUCCAUCUCGUCCAACAGCCAGAGUGAUCAAGAAGAAACCAAGUCAGAUGCCGAAGAACGUGAAAUUCGACGAUUCCAACGAAUGAUCCGUGGAGCGCUCCCUGCAUCACAUGCUCGGCUGAAUCAGAAGAAUGAUAACGAAAAAUCCUUGAAAUUAGACCGCCAUGCUUCUUCGCAACGACCGGAUGGAAAGGGUGUUGCGCGGAAGCUCAUUCGAAGGGGUGAUCGCUCAAAGCAACCAGCAACGCAACAGGCAAGAGGCUUGUUUGAUCUUGGAGAUUCCGAUUCGGACGACGAGGACAAUCGAAAUGAUGCUCUAGGAAAUGCCUCUGUAGCCAAUGAAUCCAGCCAGAUGUUGACUGGCACUCUUAGCCUCGAAGAUCCCUUCGCGCUGGAAGGGGGUGAUAUCUCCGAGGAUAACCGCAUCGACUACAUGUCUGCACCUGUUCCGCGCAACCCAACAGGUUCUCGGCACAAAAGGAACAGUUUAAAAAGGCCAAAAUCGAAACAAAGUUUGCCCAAUGGGGAAAGACAGCCGAAGAGACCUCGUCAAACCCGAAUGACCGAUGCCUCGUAUGGAGCACGAAGGACCAAGAAACCCUCUGCCGUCCAGCGACCAAGAAUAGGAAUACUGGAUGCGCCAGAUGUUGCUACGAAGCCUCGCAAAGAGCAAUCGCGACUGCUCAGGGUAGCGACAAGACGACCACGCUCACGUAAAGAUGGAGGCAGGCAGAGCCCUACUCAGAAGUUCGUGAAAUUGGCCUCUAGGGAGGACACAGUGGAUGCAAAUGAGUCUUUGCGAGAUUGGAAAAGGGGAGCUAUUCGGCAAGCCAAGAUUAGCCCGCCACGUUCCAGAGCUCCCCAAAACCGGCAUUGGACAACGAAUCUUUCGAUUCUCAGUGCUCGAGCUAAAUCGAAUGCUAAAAACGGCCGGAUACCGAACCAAUUCCUCGAUGCAGAGGCAGACACUGGUGUUUCGAACACCAACACAGUGGAACCUGAACGGGUACAGGCACCACCCGAAUCUAGCGCAGUGUCAGUCCCACCGAACCAAACCCCAGCGGCCGUGUCCUCGUCGCGUCGAAAACUAGAGCAGCACGGUCACACAUGGGUUAUUCCUAGGAACGUGCCCAUAACAUCUUUGAAGAGGAACACCGUUAGGCCUGCGGCAACUAGUUUGGCAGGCCCUGGUAGAAGCCAGAAAAUGGUACCCGCCAUGUUCAACCAGUCAUUGUCUCUUCUUAAUCGACACUAUAAAAACCAGCGCACAUCUAAACCUUACAAGCCCAGCUUGACUUUGGAUCGAUAUGUCUCCGACAGUGGAUCAUUGAGUACUGGAGGCAAUUCCUCGCCCAUGAAUGCUUCUGUUGCUGCUGCCGCCGCUGCCGCCUCGGCUGAAGCAAGAACCCAAACGCCAACCCCCAAAGCCUCUAAUCCAGAUCCUGCUACCAUAGUCUCCGAUGACUUGGAACCUCCUAUCAUAACGCACAUUGGAGAUGUACGUCCUCCAUCUUUCGGUGUCGCCGGGCUUUUCAACUGGCAACGCUUCUAUCCGGUCGACUUCGGAGUACCAUCCCUACGUGACAACACAUUUUUCCAUGGAAGUACAUUCAUAGGAAGCGGGGAAUUUUCUCGUUCGUUGCAAAUCACAGGAAGGGACUUCGAUGGGGAUGCCGCUUCAUUCUCCAUUCAGCUCAGAGACGAGACAUUCCAAUGGAGUCGUUGGAACGAUACAGUAUCAUCAGAGAUCGGGCAGGUCUUUGAUGUGAUUAUCGAUAAUGUUGAGCGAAGUGCUGUCACCUCCCCAGAGACAGGCAUUACGGCUGCUCUAGGUGUGGCGUCGAGGUUAUACAGAUUGUUGAUCAAAUACAUCACGGAAAAUCUGGUUUUCACCGACCCAGUUGAUCGUACAGAGUUUGUCACCAGAGCGAUGGGGCUAGUCUGCCAGGUGAGAGACCCGCUGGCUGCCUUUCUGACUAGCGACGAAUACAACAAGAGCGGGCUCGUCAAGAUUGCAUGUUUCAACAUGGUUUUCUCGAACCAGAUCUACCAAGUUGCUUCUCACCGGCUCGUUAGCCCUGCCAUUGCAACCGAAGCUUUGGAUAUUGUCAAAAUAUCCGCUAAGGAUGUUGCAGGCUUGAUCGCGUCAAAAGUCGGUUCUUCUGAGUUCAAAACAUUGCUUAAGGAAAUCAAUCAGCCUGAACGCCGCGAGUCGGGGAUUCGCGAUGAGUAUCCUUCGGCGGAGGCUUAUGUCAUCACAAAACAUCUUUUACGCAGUUCAGAGAACUACAAGGGCUGCUUUGAAGAUAACCAGCUCGAGACUUUCAACAACAAAAUCAUUCGCAAUGAAAGGGAUGUGGGUAGCCUGGAGGCUGGAUGGCAUGACAUGUUUACGGUCUUGCCGCUCAACGAAAUAGAUCCGCUUGGGAUUGCACGCCCUGGUUACCAGUUGACAGCUGCCAAUGACAAUUGGAUAUUAGCCAAACGGCUUCUCGCCCCAGCCCUCGACCAUUUCGAGUCUAACUCUAAAGCACAACCCAUUUCAUACAACAUCUACUGUCGAACCUUGUUCCUCAGAUGUCAUCGGCUUAUCAAUUCUUGGGGUUGGAGAGAAUGCAAAGCUAUCCUGGAUACAUUAUUCGACUUCUUCGCUAAGAAUACCCUCCACAACUUGAAACUCGAAGAAGCUCGGGGCUCACCUUCAUUCCUUGACGAACUUGAUAACAAUCCUUCUCUGGAUGCCCGAGUGGGAGAACCGUGUUUCCACACAUUUCUCAAGAUCGUAGCAAGUGGUCUCCGCUUCUUGGCAAAGAGAUAUGACAAGAAAAAGAUUCGAAACUUUGCCUGGCGUCUUUUACCCAACCAUGGCCGUGUGUACCCGAAAGAACAGCCAUUGCAGCACGAAGACCUUGACGCACUAAGAAAUCAUCACGAUCUUCUCAGCACCCUGUACUGGGCUGUUCCUGAUGGGUGUCGCCCUCGACUGGAGACGAUACGCAAUCUGGUCCAUCCUGCCACUUCACAUCGUGAAGCGUGCAGCAUCAAUUUGCGGUCAUGGUCAAGGCUUGUUCGAUUCAAGCUUUCUACCGAUGAGGAGGUUUCGGGGCUCGAUCCGUUUGGAGACUGGUAUGGUUAUUUCGUUACAGAACUGCAGCAACAGCAUUCAUAUGCUCGCAAAGAGAUUGAGGCUCAAAAUACCGGCGACAAUCGGGUUUCUCAGCAGGUUGUUGAACGCACAAUCUCCCAGAACCAGCGGCAGGUGGAGACUUUGCUGAGCAAUGCGCUUAGCGGGCUGCGGAUUGCUGUACAGCUAGCUCCGACAAUGGAGCAUGCACGCAGGCUUGUUUUGAGGACUCCUUUCGAGUCUCUUCUUGCACUUUUCAACCCGAAGCUCCCGCGCGUGAAUGUCGUUGUAUCUGAGGCUCUGCAGGUCCUAGUGGCGUACACCCAGAAAGACGUUCCAGCUACAUCCACAUCGAGUGCUCCUGUGGCAGUGAAUACUGAUGAGGACAGCCAGGAGUUCGGUGACUGGGAUGCCAUUCAGGCUGUCUGGGACCAGCAAAGUUCCCCUGGUGAAGGUAUUGAACAUGUAGAGAAGGCUUUCCAUCCGAUUGUCUCUCGUCUUGUUUCCAACUGCUUUGGCGAGGACCACUGUCCCAAGGAUGCAAUCCUUCUCAACGUAGUGGAAUGCUGGACGUCAAUCGCUCAGGUUCUCAUUCGCCAUGGCCUCCGAAACUGGGACAAUUAUCUGAGCGAGUUCGGCGAUGAUUCAUGGACGCGGCUUCGACAGACAGUUCAGACAAGAAAGUUUGCACCGCUGUUUCUUGCGACAUGUAUUGAAAAGGACGCGCAGAUUGUUUCUGAUUGCCGAAUCCAAGUUAUGAGUAUGUGGAUGUCAUCAUUGGUCGAGCGUUCCUCGAUGUUGAAGUUCCAACAUCGUCUCACGGAGGCGCUAUUGAAUGGAAGUCCCACAGAUCCCUUGCUUGCCAAUCUUCCGUUCUCCAAGGAUAGGAAGAUUGGCCGGUAUACAAUCACAUUGGAGGAAAUUGGCUCUCGGCGCCUAUCUCUCCUCUCGAGCCUAUCGUCUAAUAUGCGUGAACAGCUCUAUGGUAUGGAACUUUCUGGGAAUCGGAACUUCUCCGUGACAAAACAGGAGUACUCCGAGAUGCUUCAUCGGGUGAUGACUUCCAUGAAAAGCAACUAUCAAGAGCUAGGGAAUGGAACAGCGCAGGCAGCUCAAGGAGAAUACGUUGAAUUCGUGCAACGCGUCAUCGGUUUCCUUCAGCAACAUACCAGCGAUAUCAAACCAAUCGAUCCCUUCUUUACGGACCCUGCUUCGUUCCCCUUGCCGUCUACCGACCCACGCUACAUUGUUGCGAAGCUCAAACGCUACGAGUCGAAGUUAUCUUCCAGCAAAGAGAUCCAGACCUUGACCGGGUUUGUCCAGAGCAUUUCCGAGCGUGCUGCCAUUGACGGCCAACAGAGCUACCUAGUUGAGCAAUUGCACACCUCGAUGAAACACACAUACGAGGCUGGGGACUACGACAAACCUACUCUCCGCGCCGUCCUCUUGCAAUGCGUGUUUCCAGCGUAUCUCGAAGCGACGCUUCCCAACCGCGCCGCCUGGAUCCUCAGCCGUCCCAUCAUCCAAACCAUCACACUGGAGUUCAAAAACCUGCUGUGUAACAUAGACACUCUGGAUCCAGCCUGUGUGUCUUCUGUGAUCGAUAUCAUUGAUGUUGUGUGCCGAGCCUCCUGUCAAGCACUGGGUGUAGUCGCCUCCCGUCGCCAUCGUCUGCAAAGUCCUACAACCUUAGUCAUGCUUGCCGCCUUCCUAGACAUGAUUUCCUCAGUGUUACCAGUGGUAGAUUACAUCGAUCGAGUCACUGGUGCAGGGAAGGGUAUUUUCACGUACAUCGAGUGGAUCCGCGAUUUCGCCAAAGCCGUGAGCAGAUGUCUACAGAGCACAGAUCCAGACAUAGACUUGUCGUCGAGCAGUGCCCGUGUCAUAUUCCCUGCUACACCGCCGUCCUCUGAUAGCAGGAAAACGGAACUCUUUAGUACGGCUAACAACCUCGCCUCGAAUGAUCUCCAGCUCUAUCUCAGAAAAUGGUCUUGUCAUCAGGACAAGUACUACUUUACUCGUCCCGGUCAUGAGUUACAGGAGAUCAAAGUCGAGCCUGAGAUUGCUGUUCUAGUGGCUAGUCAGAGUGAAGCGCAGAAGGUUUUCGAAGAUGCGGCGAGAGGUUUCGUUGAUCGUGCGACGGUUCUGGAGUUAUUGUCUUGA